AUCAAUUACUACCCAAUCCUUUUUUGGCAGCUUCAUACGUCUCUGCUGCGAUCGUCUGGGUAGACAAAUGUCACGGACGACACCGAAGGCUACGUGACCACGUGACGAACUCGCACGAUGAUAUAACCGUUGUCUUAGCUUUCGAGGGAUCUCCUGACAGUGUUACUUCUGGAAAAGGAACGCAGUGGGAACGGGGGUACGGAAAGCGAGUGGACCGGAAAACAAGUACAAAAGAAAAAAUGUUCUUCCUGGGCUUAGCGCUGUUGGCUGGGUUGUGUGCGGUGGUGCCAGAGGUAGGAGGGCAGGCCAUGAUGGGGGGAUGCCAGUAUCUGAGCAGUCAGAAGAGUCGAUAUCCCAUCAACACGGCUCCCUUUGAGCUCCUGACGAGGUCAAAGAAGAAAGAAGUCACUCGAGGAUGGCCCAUUGAAGUUAGCAUCAAGCCAUGGAACGCCCUCCCCCGCGACAACUUCACCGACUUCAUAGUGUUCGCCACCGACGCUAACGCUCUCGACCCCGCGAUGGGCCCUGGUCCCGUCGGCGUUUUCGCCAUCCACCCGUACUGGUCACGUGGUGCUAGCGGCUUCCGGUGCACGCGCAGUGCGCAGGGAUACGACGGUGUUGGGAGCAUACAGCACUACCGGAUGCGUCACUCAAGGAAUUCCUGGAAGAUACCGGUGGCAAGAAGAGGAGGAGCCUUUCUGUGGUUUCCCAGCGAAUCGGCCAUGGCGCUAGAACACGUUUUGUUUGUUGGUCAUUUAAAUAUUGGAAACCAGUGGUAUAAAAUAGAAUCAAGACUAUGGAAAGUACACAACCCCCCUCCUGUAUGGCAAACGUGGACUAAGAUGAUGACUCAAAUUCAGGCCAUGAAGGAAAGAUCCAGAGCCAUGGAGAGGCAGGCUGAGUCGGCGGGGGCGGCCGGCGUGUGACGAGAACGACCUCUCACGAGUUACCGUUGUACCCAUAAUUCCGUAUCGGCCGUAGGGUGGACACUGCAGGGAUACAUGUCGCCGACAAUGUUGUUGCUGUCGAAAAUGUUUAUCUUAUUAUGCACUUUUAAGUUCUGGUGUUCCGUUCUCGUGAAUUCGAAAUGUAUAUAGUUACACA